GUUACGUACAGGACGUGCCUUACGUAUGACGUAAGCGGAAGUUCUGAAGAGAAUUUCUUCUAGAACUCUGUAGCAGCUUCUCGUUAGCUCUUGUUUGGGAGUAACGAGUCAUUUAUCACGAGUAAUUUAAGGCUACGGUAACAGAGCACUAACACGCAGUUCUGAAAGGUUCAAGUGUUCAUAUUUAUUGGGUUGAUAUUUUAGCUAGCGUGAUUUAAACGCGAACUUAACCGACUCCUAGUUGAAGCUAGCGCUGCUUGCUGCAGGAUGUCCAGGAUAGAUUACAGCGUGUGGGACCACAUUGAGGUAUCGGAUGAUGAAGAUGAUACCCACCCAAAUAUUGACACUCCCAGCCUCUUCAGAUGGAGACACCAGGCACGUGUGGAGCGAAUGGAAGAAUUCCAGAAGAAAGGCGAAGACCUAAAAAAGGGACUCACCGAAUGUCGACGUAAACUCACAGAGAUCCAGAAAAAGAUCCAGGGCCUGAACCUUUCAGAGUCCGAUGGUGCCAAAACAGAGCUGACCAAAUUCCAGGCCGAUGAGAAGAAACUGAAAAAAGAGGAGCGGGACUGGGAGAAAAAGCUGGAUGAAUUCAACAGGGAGGAGAGGAAGAUGCCGUGGAACGUCGACACACUCAGCAAGGAUGGGUUCAGCAAGAGCAUAGUUAACAAAAAACCUGAGACUUCUGAAGAGACUGAAGAAGAAAAGGAGCAAAAACACAAAACAUUUGUUGAAAAACACGAGAAGCAGAUUAAACAUUUUGGCAUGUUGCGACGAUGGGACGACAGCCAAAAGUAUCUCUCUGACAAUCCACAUCUUGUAUGUGAAGAAACGGCUAACUAUCUUGUCAUCAUGUGCAUCGACCUGGAAGUCGAAGAGAAACAUGCACUGAUGGAGCAAGUGGCCCAUCAGACCAUCGUCAUGCAGUUCAUUCUUGAGUUGGCCAAAAGCCUCAAAGUGGACCCCCGUGGUUGCUUCCGUCAGUUUUUUGCCAAGAUUAAAACAGCAGAUCAGCAAUAUCAAGACGCUUUUAACGACGAGCUUGAGGCGUUUAAAGAAAGGGUGAAGGGAAGAGCAAAGAUCCGCAUAGAAAAGGCCCUGAAAGAAUACGAGGAAGAGGAGCGACAGAAGAGGUUGGGGCCCGGAGGCCUGGAUCCAGUUGAUGUGUAUGAGUCACUGCCAGCUGAAAUGCAGAAAUGCUUUGAUGAGAAGGACAUCAGCAUGUUACAAGAAGUCAUCACCAAAAUGGAUCCCACUGAGGCCAAACUUCAUAUGAAGCGGUGCAUUGACUCGGGCCUGUGGGUCCCCAACUCCAAAUCCGAUGAUGGGGAAGAAAAGGAGGAAGAAGGGAUCUACGAAGAGGUGAAACAGGAGCCCCAAGAAGCCAAGGAGUGACUACAGUGAAUUUCCUUGUUUGUGAUUGUAUUCAGUCUCUGUAUCCCGGUCUCAUUACAUGUAAAACAGCUUGCCAAUGAACACAAUAAUUUCUCUAAACUUUUUGAGCACAAAUUUGAAACAUAAAUGUCACGUUUAAAACAAAUUGUUCCUCCCUUUUUUGAAAAACAAACUGUUUGUGCAUCACCUAAAAUUCGUCUUUUUCCUUCAUUUGUUGUUUUGUUUGUUGCUGUUGUUGCAUAGUUGCAAGCUUAAUAACACAGCAUUGUCAUAUUUUUUGGUUGCAGAUAUUUUAUGUAACUUUGUACGUUCACCCUGAAGUUCCAUUUUUUUUUUUUGUUUUUUUUUAAUUUAUAUUAUUUUACCAUUUCCUCCACAUCUUUUCCAUUAUUCAAGUAACAAGACAAGACUUACUUGGACUCUAUUGAUUAUUCAAAGUAUAAUUUUGAAGGAUGAAGCGGGAAAAAAGCUGGUAAAUUGAAUUUUUAAGCAAAACAGUGAUUGGUAUUACUGUCAGUAUUUGGGCCAACAAUAGCUACUCGUGUUUGGUUGAUUAUUAACAUUAUUGUGCCCAAAGAUCUAGCUUUGGCUUCUUGCUCAAUGGUAAUCUGAAGAGUGAAAAGACCAAAUAGUGGCCUGUGUGAGAUCAUGUAAUAUUCAUGUUUUGGGGAUUCUCUACCCUCACUUUGCUUGUGCUUUAAAUGAAAAAGUACUUUGACAUUUGCAUGUCAUGGCUUACAUUUUUAAGUGAAGAAAUUAGGGGAAACUGCAUUUUUUUCAUAGGGAAAAAAUAAAAGCAACUUUAAAAAACUGA